UACCAAAUGUCAAACUAUUGGAAACAAAAGAAAAGCAAUCAGCUGUUUUGGCCAGAAAAGUGAAAAUAUUUUGCAGAUACAACAAAAAUUUCAGUUUAUUGCCGUUCGUUUAUUGAUUUGUUUGUUCUCCAUUGAAUGAUCCGAGAGUUUCUACUGUCAUUAGUGAAAAGGAUGCCAUUCUAUGCCGUGGCAAAGGGACGGACUGUUGGAGUCUAUCAAACCUGGCCUGAAUGUCAAAGUCAAGUAAGCGGAUUUGCUGGUGCAAAAUAUAAGAAGUUUCCAACACGCCAGCAAGCAGAAGUAUUUAUUCGUGAGAAUGGUGGUAGCGUUUCCGUAUCCAGUACUGAUAGUGGUAGCAAUUCUUCAGCGGACUUUCAACCCAUUAUCCCACCCGCCGAAUCUGUUAGGGUGCUGAUUGAUAACUAUGACGAAAUCAAUGCAGCUUGCUCUCGGAUCGAAAGUUUAAAGCGAGAGCUAGACGAGUUGAGGGGUUCUUCCUCUAGCGUUGUCGAAGAAGUAUCCGAAGUUUCGAGGCAAAAAUCGGCUAAGCGCCAGAAAGUAGCUUCAACGAUGAAGCCGGUGACAAAACUUCAGAAAUUCGGCAAAUACAGCUUCCUCCAGGACGAGGAUGGGUUCGUACAUGUCUACACAGAUGGUUCUUGCGAAGGAAAUGGAACGGCGGCAGCUUGCGCUGGUUUAGGCGUUUACUUCGGUGAAGGUCAUGCUUUAAACAUGGCGAAACCUGUGAGUGGACGUCCAACAAACAAUUGCGGCGAAAUACAAGCUGCUUCGUUAGCGAUCCGGCUUGCCAAAGAGCAUGGAAUCAAAAGACUGAUCGUCAACACGGAUUCUAAGUUUUUAAUUGAUUCUAUCACUAAAUGGUUGCCCGGCUGGAAGCGAAACCAGUGGAAGCUGUCCACGGGAAAGCCUGUCAAAAAUCAGGUGGAUUUUGUGGAGCUGGAUCGGGAGCUUGCGGGUAAUCAUAUUGAGGUUCGGUGGAAUCAUGUUGACGCACACUGUGGCAUCCUGGGAAAUGAAAGGGCAGACGCCCUAGCCAGGGAGGGGUCUGCUAUGUUCCGAAAGCAAAAGAUGGCUCGUUGAGCUGAUUCCAGCUAGUUUACAUUUGUUUUUACACUAUCUUUAAAUAAAUAUUGAUUUUAUUAGGAA